AUGACGUCGUCGACGAUGUGGCUCAAGUCGAUGUCGACACCGCGCACCGCUGGGCCCAUGAGUGUGCCGCGCUCGGUAUCACCGGAGGAGUAUGUGCUCCUCACAUCAUCUCCCUCAGCACCACGCACCACCAUUUACCGCCGUCGACAUCCUUGUUCAUGGCGUAACUUCAUCCGCAUGUUCACCCUCCGAAGAGUACUAAUUUCCGUCACCCUCGUCCCGGUGUUCCUAUUACUUGCCAUCAUCUGUCAGGGUAUACCACCAAACUAUGACGAUAUUCGGACGUUCGAACAACGUCUCCCUCAGCACUCCUUGUCUCUGGUACCUAGAAAUCAGCCACAAUACCUACGAUUUCCCGGACACCUGUGGGGUUACGGGUUCAAUAAUGUUCUUCAAGAAGCAAUUUUAAUGUCUUACCUCGCCUACGUGUCCAAUUUAUCAUUUGUCUUCGAGGACUAUACGUGGUCACAUUUACCACUUCCAUGGACGAUUUAUGACUUCGCUCUGCGUCCCGCACACAUACCCUUGAACGCCCUCAUCUCUGGGCCAACCGCAGGAGGACCAAUGCCUAGCGCACCGAAUGCAUACCGUGCAGUGAGCGCCGAGUUCUACGCGCAAGUCUGUGGACCUGAAAGUCGUAAACACGUCAUCAGCACUCUAAACGCCCCAAACGAUGCAGACGGUGCUGUCAUGAUUGAUUGGUGGGUGGACCAGCUCACAAACGUGCAAGAGCCGUGUAUAGAAAUAGAUUCCUCUGCCCAUAUCGUUUUUGACAGCCACUUCUUCGGAAAUCCACGGAUUCUCUCUCUGUGGGAAUCCUUGACUAAAUCGCCUAUGUUGACUGACUUCGCUUGGUCACCGCUUGUGCAUGCGGCGGUUUCGCGAAAUUUUGCGCUCUUCCAACCAGAGUCUGCUAAAGAUCUCUACGAUGCACAUUCCCGUAAAUCGCUCGCUGGGCUGGUCGCGCUGCACCUCCGCAGAGGCGAUUAUAGACGGCAUUGUCCGAACCUCGAAAAGUGGGGCGCAGAUUACAUGGGUAUAAAUCAGCAUCCAUCGCUCCCAGAUCGAUUCGAUAGAUCUCCGUAUGUCAAUGACACGAGUGCAAGGUUGUCGUAUUAUCUCGAUCAUUGCUGGCCAUCGACGGAGCAGGUUGUGGAAAGGCUAAGGGACAUUCGGAAAGAGUAUCCUGGGCUGAGACGGGUGUAUGUGCUCUCCAAUGAAUGGGCCUGGAGCCUUGAUGGUCUGAAGGGCGCGCUUGAGGAGGACGGGUGGGAUGACUUGGUGAGCAGUACCGAUAUCGUACUCGAUUCGGAGCAAAAGCAUGUGGCCAUGGCAGUAGAUAUGGCUAUUGCGGAAAAGGCCGAAGUGUUCGUUGGGAAUGGGUUCUCGAGCCUGUCGUCGAAUGUGGUGAUGCUGAGGAUGGCGAAGGGGAUGGAGGGGCAGAGCAAUCGGUUUUUGUGACGGAUCUAAUGGACAAAUAUCUUACUACUAUACCCCGGAACAUUAUGCGACGAGCGAACAGCGGAGGUGUUCUCAAGAAAUAUGGACAAUGGGCAUAUGUAGUCACUGAAGCCUAAGUGAGAUAAGCGCCCUGGGGGGUCUGACGACCGAAUAUCAAUGGCGGUACCUUGAUAACAUCGAAUCGAAUACUAGUACGAUGAAAAUCAAUUUAUACUGGUCUUCAUCCAGGAGUGACUGGAGAGGGCGCUAACAUGGGGAGUCAGUGAUGGUCGUGGAGUCCUGGAGUCCUAGACCAGUUGGGUGAGGCAAAUGGAAUCGUAAUACUACUACACC